AAAUAAUUUGAUAAUCCAAGCGAAUUUAGGGUUCGAUUGGUUUCUUCCCUAUUUCGUGUGUUCUUCCUUCUUCCCAAAUUUGAUCAUCGCGAAUUUUCCAGUGAAACCCAUGUAACGAUCUCUCUAAAUUCAGCUCGGGGGCAGGGCCAUGGAGAUAGGAACAAGGAGCAAUCGUGUGGGAGAGAGAUGGAUUCAGAUGGGUUGUGAAGAAAGAACGAGAGUGAUUCAGGAGGAGAUCAAGAGGGUUAACAAGCUUCCAUCGAACAGUGCCUACGCAGUUCACCGUCUCAGGGUUCUCAACAAAAUACACGAGCUUUUGUCCGCUGAGAGAACUUUGUCUCAAGACAAGGAGUUAGAGUUGCUUUUUGCGCAACUCUCUCUGUGAAUCCGAGUCUGUUUUCAUGUAACAAAGGUCGAUGAAGGGGUUUUAGGAAAGCCGAUGGAGCAUUUUGGUGUCUUUGAAGGGGGUAUGAUUAUGCAUGUUUGGUAGUUUCAGGAAAUGCUUCCUCUGUUGUGUGUAAAAACCAUGAAGAUUGCCUUCUACAUGCUAAUAGAUGCAGCGUCGUCUUAUAUUUCCGUUCAAUGCAACCUCUCUCUCUGCAGACUCUUCCGUAA